AUGGGGAAUAACACGGAGGUGAGUGAGUUCAUCCUGCUGGGACUGUCCAGUGCUCCAGAGCUGCAGCUUCCCCUCUUCAUCAUGUUCACUCUCAUCUACCUCGUCACCCUGGCUGGGAACCUGGGGAUGAUGACAUUGAUCCUGCUGGACUCGCGGCUCCACACCCCCAUGUACUUUUUCCUCAGCAACCUGUCUCUGGUGGACGUUUGCUAUUCCUCAACAGUCACUCCCAAGGUCAUGGCUGGGUUGCUUAUGGAAGACAAGGUCAUCUCCUACCAUGCUUGUGCUGCUCAGAUGUUCUUUCUUGUACUCCUAGUCACUGUGGAAAGUUACCUCCUGACUGCAAUGGCCUAUGACCGCUACGCGGCAGUGUGCAAACCCCUACACUACCCUACCGUCAUGACAACAAGGGUGUGUGCUCAUCUGGCGGUGUGCUGUUACCUGCUUGGCUUUCUGACGGCAGCUAUUGGCACCGGAGACACGUUCUGCCUCUCUUUCUGUGUGUCCAAUGUGGUUCAUCACUUCUUCUGUGAUAUUCCAGCCGUCAUGACUCUGGCUUGCUCCGACAAACACCUUAAUGAAUUGAUUAUUUUCCUUCUUUCGAGCUUCAAUGUCUCUCUGGCACUUCUUGUUAUCUUGGUUUCUUACCUGUUCAUAUUUGCCACCAUUUUGAAGAUGCACUCAGUUGGGGGAUACCAGAAGGCUUUAUUCACCUGUGCCUCACACCUCAUGGCCGUUUCCAUAUUUUAUGGGACUAUUAUGAUCAUGUACUUACAGCCCAGCUCCAGCCGCUCCAUGGACACUGACAAAAUUGCCUCUGUGUUCUACACCAUGGUCAUCCCCAUGCUGAACCCUGUGGUCUACAGCCUGAGGAACAGGGAGGUCAAGAGUGCUUUCAAGAAAGUUGUUGAGCAGGGAAAAUAUUCUCAAGGCUUAGUCUUUUAA